AUGUUGCCUUUCUCUCUGCAGGCAACCAUGAACCUGACAGCUCCUCUGCUGUUGCUCGCCACAGCUUGUGCUGUGAGCGGCGCCCGGUUGCCCAAGAACUUAUGGCAGUUUGGAAAAAUGAUUGAGUGUGCCCAACCAGGAGUUAACCCUCUGAAGUACAACAAUUAUGGCUGUUGGUGCGGUUUAGGGGGCACAGGAAGCCCCCUGGAUGAACUGGACAUGUGCUGUAAAGUCCAUGAUAAAUGCUAUGAAAGUAGCAGAAAGAUUCCUGGAUGCACAUCCAUCACUGACCUUCCACAUGUUCUGGUUUAUGAUUACACCUGCAGUGGUACACAAAUAACUUGCUCAGCAACAAAUGACAAAUGCCAGUCUGCUGUCUGCGAGUGUGAUCGUGUGGCAGCUUACUGCUUCGAGAAGGCCAAGUUCAACUCAGAACACAAGGAUCUAGAUCCGGAUGUCCAUUGUGUCAAUUGA